AUGGCUUCGCGACUCGUCCUCGUUCUAGGCGACCUCUUCAUACCAGACAGAGCUCCAGACAUACCCGCCAAGUUCAAGAAGCUCCUCGCGCCCGGAAAGAUAGGCCAGAUCCUCUGCCUCGGCAACAUUACCGACAAAGAGACGUACGAGUUCCUCCGCGCCAUCGCGCCGGACUUGCAAAUCGUUAAGGGCGACUUCGAUGUCGAGGCGCCCAACCUCGCCCUUUCAAAAGUAGUCACACAUGGCAGCCUGCGCAUAGGCUUCACGCACGGGCACACGAUAGUGCCGCCGGGAGAUGGCGACAGUCUACUCAUAGCGGCGCGGCAGAUGGACGUGGAUAUUCUCCUGUGGGGCGGCACGCAUAAGUUCGAGGCAUAUGAGAUGGAGGGCAAAUUCUUCGUGAAUCCGGGGAGCGCGACGGGUGCCAUGACGACGGGGUGGUGGGAGGGCGAGGAGGAGCCCGUGCCGAGCUUCGUGCUGAUGGAUGUGCAAGGGGACGUCCUCGUGCUGUACGUGUACCAGCUGCGCACAGAUGCCAAUGGUGCGGAGAACGUUGCGGUGGAGAAGGUCUCGUUCCGCAAGAAUGGCGGUGGGGUGUCAUGA